UUUUGGUUUCAGUGGGUGUGUGUGCGGGCGUUCGUGCGUGCGUUCAUUCGUACGUUCGUGUUUGCUUCUCAACACUAGCCUUCCUAUAUUAUCUUAUCAAUAUCUACCUGGUCACAAUCAUAUCUGUUUGGUUUUUUUUUGUUCAAUUUUAAAAUUUUAAUUCAUUUAUUCGUAAAUUGUUUUUUGAACAUCAUCAUCAUCAUCAUCAUCAUCGUCAUCAUGGCUAUGGCAAUGCGUGGACUGGGCAACGGGCCCUGGGAUAAACUUAUGGAACGUUUUAAGGAUCAAAAACGUGCUGAAUUAAGAUCGAUACCAAAAUCAGCACAAGAUGAUUCUGGUGGUGUUGGUGGUAUUGGCGGUGGUGCCAGUGGUGGUAUGGGUAUUGGUGGCUUGGGUGGUAUGGCCGGUGAUUAUGAUCCAUAUCAUCAUCCUGGUGGAUUACAAUAUCAUGAAGAUAAUGAAUUAUUAGCUGGUUGUGAACAACAACAAGAUCUAUUGCAAUUAGCUGGUGGUUUUGGUUCACGUUUUGAGCCAUUAUUACAUAGACAUGAUCUAUGUGAACGUGUUACAAUUAAUAUUAGUGGCUUAGUGUUUGAAACACAGCUUCGUACAUUACAACAAUUUCCAAAUACAUUAUUGGGUGAUCCGGCCAAAAGAAUCCGCUAUUAUGAUCCGCACACAAAUGAAUAUUUUUUCGACCGUAAUCGUCAAGUAUUUGAUGCCAUUUUAUAUUAUUAUCAAUCUGGUGGUCGAUUACGUAGACCAGUGAAUGUACCAUUGGAUAUAUUUGCUGAAGAGGUGAAAUUUUUUGAAUUAGGCGAAGCAGCAUUCAACAAAUUUCGUGAAGAUGAAGGUUUUGUCAAAGAGAAAGAAAAACCAUUGCCAAAAAAUGAAUUUAAAAGAAAAAUAUGGCUAUUAUUUGAAUAUCCAGAAUCAUCACAAUGGGCACGUGUUGUUGCCAUCAUAUCUGUGGUUAUUAUCAUAUUAUCAAUAUUAAUAUUCUGUUUGGAAACAUUGCCAGAAUAUAAACAUUAUAAAAUAUUCAAUACAACAACGAAUAUGACACGUGUUGUAGAAGAUGAAGUACCAUCAUAUACGGAACCAUUUUUUAUCAUUGAAACCAUUUGUAUUAUUUGGUUUUCCAUAGAAAUAUUGAUCAGAUUUUUUGCCUGUCCAUCGAAAAUAACAUUUCUAAAGGAUAUAAUGAAUGCAAUCGAUUUUUUUGCCAUAGUGCCAUAUUUUGUAACAUUAGCCACAAUGAUUGCCAAACAACCUGAAGAUGAUGAAUUACAGAAAUUACAAAUGUUACAUGGUAAUACUGAUUCAAAAUCACAAUCAUCAUCAUUAGCAAUAUUAAGAGUAAUACGUUUGGUUCGUGUAUUUCGUAUAUUUAAAUUAUCAAGACAUUCAAAAGGAUUACAAAUAUUAGGAAUGACAUUGAAAGCAUCGAUGAAAGAAUUAGCAUUGUUAAUAUUUUUCCUAUUAAUCGGUGUUGUCCUAUUCAGUUCAGCUGUUUAUUAUGCUGAAGCUGAUAGUGAAAGAUCAAAUUUUAAAUCAAUUCCAGAUGCAUUUUGGUGGGCAGUGGUUACAAUGACCACUGUUGGUUAUGGUGAUAUGCGUCCAGUUUGUGUUUGGGGUAAAUUUGUUGGUUCAUUAUGUGCUAUAGCCGGUGUAUUAACUAUUGCAUUACCAGUGCCGGUUAUUGUAUCAAAUUUUAAUUAUUUUUAUCAUCGUGAAAAUGAUCAGGAAGACCUAGAAUCAACAAAUUUUAACCACGUCCGGUGUUGUCCUUAUUUACCUGGUUAUGUUGGUACAAAUCGUUUACGUCGUACAUCAUAUUCUGAUUCAAAUAUAACACAUAAUAAUAAUGAUGAUGAUGAAGAUGAUGAUGAUGAUGAUGGUGAUAUUAUUGGUGAUAUUGAUGGUAUUAGAAUCAAUGAUAACGAUGAUGAUGAUGAUGGUGGUAAUGAUAAAAAUAAUGAUGACGAUGACUCAAAAUCAACACAACAAUUUCAAGAUAAUUCAAAUGACCAACAACAACAACAACAACCAUUAUUAUUAAUGGCUAGUAAUACAAUAAAAAGUCCAUCAUCAUUAUCAUCAUCAUCAUUAUCGAAUCGUUUUCCAACAAAACCAACAAUUGCUGAAACUUGUGAUUAUGAAAAACAAUUACAAUUAAUGAUACAACGUACAAAUAGUGUACGACAUGCCAGUAGUAGUAAUAGUAAUAGAAGAAGAUCUAGUAAUCAAUCAACAAGUCCAUUAUCGGCUGCUACAUCAUCAUCAGCUAUUGCAUAUCCAACAACAAUGUUUCCAACGACAAUAUCAUCACCAAUACCAAUUACAGCAGCAACAAUAGCGACAACAACUGGUGGUGGUGGUAUUAUAAUCGAUCCAAAUGGAUCAUCAACAUUACGUUCACCAAUAUCUGAAACUGGUGGUAUUAAUCUUACACGUACAGCAUCAUUUCAUCGGCAACAAUCACAACAACAACAACAACAACAAUCAUAUCGUCGACGAUCAUCAACACGUAGUCCACAAUCAAAUUAUUCAUCACCAGAAUCGCCGACAAAAAAUAAGCUCAAUAAUACAAAUUUUUUAAAUUUAAUAACCAUAUCAAAUACAUCAUCAUCAUCAUCAUCAUCACCACCAUUACUACCACCAGGUUGUCAGGCACCACCAAGUCCAUCAUUAAGAUUACAUUAUAUUGAUAAUAAUCGUAAUUUACGGUCACCAUCAAUUGAAAAAAUAAUUCCAACAACAACAAAACAAUCGAUAACAUUGACACCGCCACAACCACAACAGCCAUCAUCAACGGCAACAACAACAACAACAACAACAGCAACAAAAUCGGCCAAAAAAUCACGUGUAUAUCUAAAAGCAAAACAUACAAUGAUUAAUAUAAUUGCAUUCAUGUUUUCAAUAUUCUUAUGACAUUUAAUAAUAAUAAUAAAAUAUAUCGACAACAACAACUACAGCAACAAACAUAUCAAAUUUGCAAAAAAACAU